AUGACGUUCGAGGUGACCGAAGAGCUGACUCACGAAUGGAAAUUUGGAGAAGGUGCCUGCAAGGCGAUCGAGUAUUUGGAAUUGACUUUCUUUGGUGUGAAUAUCUUCACGCACCUAUCCAUCGCACUUGAGCGCUACCGUAACGUCGUGCAGCCUUUAAAACGGCCUAUGAAGGUAAAAAUGGCGAAAAUUCUAGUUGCCGUUUCUUGGGGUAUUCCUUCAGUGAUGUCGUUACCGUAUAUCUAUACUUUACGCUUAAAGGAACAGAGUAACGGAAAACCUCUAUGUACGAUUGUAGAAAUGCCAUGGAUUUGGGUCGAUAAACUAUUCAUAACUAUUGAACUACUUGGGAUCUUUCUCGUACCCCUAAUGUGCAUCGUGUGGAUGUACAUUAUAAUAGUGAAAAGGCUUUAUGAACGAAAGCGACAAGCGAACGUGGUUUUACCGCAACCAACACAAACCACAAUGCGCGCUGCAGCGAUCUACGGUUCCCGCGUUUCAAUCGCUGUGGUGACCGUGUUUGUUGUCUGCUGGCUACCUUUUGUCAUUGUCUAUUUUGUACGUUUGUUUGCCGGCUCAGAGAGCGUUAGUCGUUCAAGUCCGCUAUAUGUAACAGCCUUGUACGCCUCCUUCGUUAGCGAGCUCCUGACACCCAUGCUCUAUUGUGCUUUUGAUCGCAACAUCAAACCGGCUUUAAUAGAUACACUAAAAUGUCGGUUACGCGUGGUUAUACCCAGCGAUGAGUCGGCGAGCGAUACCACUGGACCUCAAGGGAGAUGUGCGACAAUGGUUCGACGCACAUCAGCCCAGUCGCAGGACGCACCAGUCGCAAUAACUAGUAGUCUGCGACCGAGCUGA